AUGGACGAGGCCGCAAUCGCAGAAGACAAGCGACGAAGGAAUACCGUCGCAUCAGCACGCUUUCGAAUAAAGAAGAAACAUAAGACUCUCGCUCUCGAACGAUCUGUCGUUGAGCUUGAAUCCCGCGCAGACGACCUAGAACGCGAAGCGUCGGAUUUGCGUCGAGAGAAUGGAUGGUUGAAGGAGAUGUUGAUUAUGAAAGGAAGGGGCGCCCGUGCUCAAGCUGCAGCUGCAGCUGCUGAGUUGAAGGAAGCGCAAGAGGAAGAGGAGGAAGAAGAGGAAGAAGAAGAGGAGGAGGAGGGUGGUGAUAAUCUAGAAGAGGAAGGAGAGGCGGAGGAUUCUUCAGAUAAGAAAGGUAAAGGAAAGGCCAGAGGUUCUUAG